CGGAAGACACCGCUAUCCCGGUUCUCCGCGGCGCUGCUGCGUUUUUCCAACUUCAUUAAACCGGUUUUUUUUUUUUUCUUCUUAUCCUGCGUGACGUGACGAGGAGGUGGAAGGAAAUAUGUCGCUGUCGUGACUGGAAAUAGCGAGAUAUUUUUUUUAUUUUUUUUAAGGAGAAGGGCGACAGGGGAAGAGGAGAAUGGCCCACGUAAGCAACGGUUCCCCGGCCGAGGAGGAGGACUGUUUUGAGGACGCCUUCGACCGCAUCCCAGCGGCGUGUCACAUGGAUCUGCACACGUCCAUCCAGGAGACUCAGUGUGCGCUCAACCUGGUCCUCAACAACAAGUUCUCUGAGGCUCUGGACCUGCUCAAACCAUGGUGGAAGGACAGUAUGUACCACGCUCUGGGCUACAGCAGCAUCCUGGUGAUGCAGGCGACUAUGACGUUUGAGCAGAGAGACAUCCAGGCAGCAAUGAGCACCAUCAAAGAGGCACUCAACACCUGUCACAGAUUCAGAAAAAGAAAUUCCAUGGUGGGGUCUCUCCUGAGUAAACAGUCCAAUCUGCAGGAAGAGGAGAUGCACGCAGAGCUGUGCUACGCCGAGUGUCUGCUGCAGAAAGCAACGCUUACAUUUGUCCAGGAUGAAAACAUGAUCAGUUUCAUUAAAGGAGGCAUCAAGAUUCGAACAAGCUACCAGAUCUACAAAGAUUGUCAGAAUGUAUUGAACUCCACUCAAGAUGUGAACGGCCAAUCAGACGCCUUCAGACAGUUUGAGGGCGGGGUCAAACUCGGCGUGGGCUCCUUCAACCUGAUGUUGUCUCUUUUGCCUCAGAGAAUUCUCCGGCUGCUUGAGUUCAUUGGCUUCUCUGGAAACAGGGGUUUCGGCUUGUCUCAGCUCAGAGAAGGAGCCUCCAACCAGAGUCUGCGCUCCAUCCUCUGCGCUCUGACGCUUCUCUUCUACAACACUUACGUCUCACUCAUCCUCGGCACCGGGGAGGGAAAUCUGGAGGAGGCGGAGGCGUUACUGGAGCCUUACCGACACAAAUAUCCAAAGGGCUCUAUAAUUCUUUUCUACUCGGCCCGAAUCUCCACGCUCAGAGGACAGUUUGAAAAGGCUGUGUCCCGGUUUGAGGAGUGCGUCCACAGUCAGAGCGAGUGGAGGCAGAUCCAUCACUUGUGUUACUGGGAGCUGAUGUGGACUCACUCGUUUCAGCAGCACUGGGUGGAGGCCUAUCACUACGCCCAGCUCCUGUGUGCAGAGAGCCGCUGGUCCAAGGCGAUCUACGUGUACCAAAAGGCCGCCAUCCUCAGCAUGAUGUCUGAAGAGGAGGUGAAGAAGACUGGAGAAAACAUUGUGGAACUUUUCAGGCAGGUGGAGGGUCUGAAGCAGCGACUGGCCGGUAAAUCCAUCCCCACAGAGAAGUUUGCAGUGAGGAAGUCCAGACGAUACAAAGCCCAGAGUCCGGUGCCUCUGGUCCUGCCCGCCCUGGAGAUGAUGUACGUGUGGAACGGCUUCACGAUCGUCGGGAAGAGGCCGGACUGCGCCGAAGCUCUGCUGGUCACCAUCGAGAAGGCAGAGGAGAAGCUCAGGGAGGACCCCAACCCGUCGGAGUACCACCCAGACGACAGCUGUCUCGUCCAGAUGUUGAAGGGUUUGUGUUUGAAACAUCUGGGGCGUCCGCUUCAGGCCGAGCUCUGCUUCACUCAGGUCCUCUCCAGUGAGCGUCGGAUCCGGUACGAUCACUACCUGGUGCCGUUCACUCUGUACGAGCUGGGACUCCUGUACAAGCAGCAGGGAGACUUCGCCCGGGCCGCGUCCUACAUCGAGAACGCCAAGACGAAUUACAAGGAUUAUUCCAUGGAGUCCAGGCUUCACUUCCGGAUCCACGCUGCUCUCAACAGCCUCAAGGGGUCGCCAGUCAGCACGCCAUGACAAGUCUACGCCUGAAUAUUAGACACGUUUAAGGAAAUACUGAAAAUGCGACAUGUUACAGGCAACGUCCACAAUAAUAUCCACUGUUUUUAGGGCUGGGAGUCGCAGAGAACCUCACGAUUCAAUACGAUUCAGUACGAUUCAAUACAAUUCAGUACGAUUCAAUACGAUUCAAUACAAUUCAGUACGAUUCAAUACGAUUCAAUACGAUUCAGUACGAUUCACGAUACGGCCAUCACAAGCCAGUAUCCAGAUUUUAAUUUAGAUUUUUAAGAACCAAAUAUAUUUUAACAGCUUUAUUUUUUUGUUAAACCCCGACCUGUGCAAACCAAUAUGAAACCUAUAUAUUUUAAUCCUUAAAAUGGU